AUGAAGUACUGCACGCUUGCGCUGUUCCUCUUCGCGUUCAUCGUCGCGACCGUCCAGGCGGCCAGCCUCGGGACGAACGCGGAGCGUCUUGCGCGCGGCCUGCCGCCGCGCUCGCCGACGCGCCUCUACAAGCCCAGCGCGCGGGAUGCUGCGAACAAACCGAAGCCGUCCGCGAAGCCGCCUCCCACUUGCUCGACUGGCCCCGUCCAGUGCUGCAACUCCGUCGAGAAGGCCAGCAACCCUGUCGCGUCGCUCAUCCUCGGGCUGCUCGGCAUCGUGCUCGGCCCCGAUGUCGUGGUUGGCAUCACCUGCUCGCCGCUCUCCGUCAUUGGGAUCGGUGCCGGAAGCUGCUCCGCGAACGCCGUCUGCUGCGAGAACAACUCGCACGGCGGGCUCAUCUCCAUCGGAUGUAUCCCCAUCAUUCUUUGA